AGGCCCCGGUGAGGAUCGUCGGCUCCAAUGAGGAGGACCCCGCCGGGCAGCGUGUGGAGCUGUGGUGCCAGCUGUCCCGCCCGGCUGCCCCGGUGCGCUGGUACAAGGACGGGGAGGAGGUGGAGGCAGGCGAGAGCCUGGUGCUGGAGCAGGAGGGACCACGGUGCCGGCUGGUGCUGCCCUGCGCCCGGCCGCAGGACGCAGGAGAGUUUGUCUGCGAUGCUGGCGGGGACUCCGUCUUCUACACCAUCACCGUGGUCUGCAUCACACCGGUGCCUGAGGCACAGCAGCUGCAGGAGGUGCUGGCAGGGCUGCCCAUGCUGCUGGAGUGCCAGGUGUCCCCCCCAGAUGCCCCUGUCCACUGGCUGAAGGACGGUGAGGCUGUGGUCCCGACCCAGGUCCUGGCCAUCUGCUCAGAGGGAUGCUUGCGGAGGCUGCACAUCCCCACAGCCACGCUGUCCGACUCGGGGACGUAUACCUGUGAUGCCGGGGACGAUGCCGCCAGCUUCAGGGUGAUCGUGACUGAGCCGCCAGUGAGGAUCCUGCACCCUGCCCAGCGCUCGCUGGAGCUGCCGAUGCAGGCGCCGGGGCGCGUGGAGCUGCGGUGUGAGCUCUCUGUGCCGGACGCUCCCGUGCGCUGGUUCAAGGAUGGGCUGGAGGUGGAUGAGAGUGACAACCUGCUGCUGCUGGCAGAGGGAGCCUGGCGAUGCCUCCUCAUCCCCAGGAGCAGCGCGGAGGACACGGGCGAGUACAUCUGCGAGAGCAAGGACGAGGCUGUCUCCUUCGACGUCAAGGUGUCAGGUCAGCGGGGAACCACAAGAACGGACACACUGACAGGGCUCCAGCCACAGGGUCUUUCCCAGCCUGGGUGGUGGGGAACAGCUCCUCUGUAG